UCCUCUUCUCGUCUCCUUUGUUGUGGCACGAUGAAUACGGCGGUUGGUACAAGAGGGAAAGGAGGUAGGUGGCCAUCUAAAAAGGCAGGAUUUUGGAGUAUAAAAGGCUGUAAAGCCCCAAAUUCGCCCUUCUGCGGUGCUUGGAGAUCGCAUCUUGGAAGGUAAAAACAAAAAAAAAAAGAGUCCCGUGAUACAGAAGAGAAUUGGGACAAUCAGCCAUGUCGAUUGAAUUGCGUGGUUCAUAUUCAACAUCAAGAAAUAACUCCCUUGAAAGAAACAGUUUUAGGAGCGAAUCUUUCUCAGAGGACAGAGAUCAGGAAGUUAUACCAGAUGUUGGUUGCCUCUCAAUUGUCGUGCUUGGUGCUUCAGGCGACCUAGCAAAGAAGAAGACUUUUCCAGCACUCUUCAACCUUUUUCGGCAGGGAUUUUUACAACCCAAUGAAGUUCACAUAUUUGGAUAUGCCCGAACAAAGCUUUCAGAUGAUGAGUUAAGAGAACGUAUCCGAGGAUUCCUUAGUCAAGGUAAAGGAGCUUCAACUGAGCAUACAGAUGAUCUGUUGAAGUUUUUACAAUUGGUCAAGUAUGUUAGUGGUUCUUAUGACAGUGAGGAUGGAUUUUUGUUGUUGAAUAAGGAAAUUUCAGCGCAUGAGUCAUCAAGAAGAAGUCAACCGGGAACUUCUCGCAGACUGUUUUAUCUUGCAUUGCCUCCAUCUGUUUACCCUUUGGUCUGCAAAAUGAUCAGAGGAUACUGCAUGAACCAAUCUCAUCUUAGUGGGUGGACUCGUAUUGUUGUUGAGAAGCCUUUUGGAAAAGACUUAUUCUCUGCAGAAGAACUUAGCGUGCAGCUUGGAGAGCUAUUUGAUGAGCAACAGAUUUACCGAAUUGAUCACUAUUUGGGAAAGGAAUUGGUCCAGAACUUGCUUGUGCUUCGUUUCGCCAACCGCUUCUUUGUGCCUCUAUGGAAUCGUGAUAAUAUUGCCAAUGUUCAGAUUGUCUUCAGGGAGGAUUUUGGAACUGAAGGGCGUGGAGGAUAUUUUGAUCAAUAUGGAAUCAUUCGUGACAUUAUUCAAAAUCAUUUAUUGCAGGUUCUUUGUUUAAUUACCAUGGAGAAGCCUGUAUCUCUUAAGCCAGAGCACAUACGGGAUGAGAAAGUGAAGGUUCUUCAGUCAGUCCUACCCAUAAAAUAUGAAGAGAUUGUUCUUGGACAAUAUGAGGGAUACAGAGAUGACCCAACAGUUUCUGACAACUCCAACACCCCAACUUUUGCAACUGUUGUUUUAAGGAUACACAAUGAAAGAUGGGAAGGUGUCCCUUUUAUACUCAAGGCAGGAAAAGCUUUGAAUUCAAGGAAAGCAGAAAUUCGUGUUCAAUUCAAGGAUGUUCCUGGUGACAUAUUUAAAUCUAAGAGGCAAGGUAGAAAUGAAUUUGUCAUACGCCUCCAGCCAUCAGAGGCCAUGUAUAUGAAACUAACAGUGAAGAAACCUGGACUGCAAAUGUCAACCAUACAGAGUGAACUAGAUUUAUCUUAUGGGCUACGAUAUCAAAAUGUCACAAUUCCAGAGGCAUAUGAACGGUUGAUCUUGGACACGUAAGUUUGCUAGCUUAUGUUUCU